AUGGACUACCUCAUGGACGUGCUCUUCGGCGAGCACUCGUCCGCCCUGGACGUGGUGAGUUUCUAUAACUUGUCUCUUUGGGGCCUGAAAUUUAAAUGACCCAUUCUCGGGCAGAGUAAGCGGAAGAGAGGGAGAGGACUAGCCGAUCAGUGCUCCUUGAUUACAGUACUCUAUUAUUCCGCACUUUUUCGCAUCAACAGAGGCGCUCCUCACUUUACCUGAGAGUGUUUUUCCAUUCUCCUUUCUGUUUGAAGCGCUUCUUUACACCAAAAUGCCUAGUCCAAACUCCAGGCGGCAUUAUUUUGAAGCUACAUGAUGUUUGUAGUGCUGAGCGGAAUACAGUUCCUGUUGUAGACAGCUCUUACUUCCAUUUCCGAAUUCAAUUUCCCUCCAGUUUAAGUCCUCAAGUUUCGAGUCGUGACUUCUCUGAGAAAAAAUUUAUUCAAAGAAACGGCAAGCUCGACUAUAACGUAUAAAACUUUGUGGCAGGGGUUUUUAUGGCAAAAUGAGGUCAAUUUGAUGCAGGGCUUGCUUUGGGACAGCUCUGGAUGUAAAUAACAAUAAGGGCCGUUCUCCGAGAGGGGGGAAGAUGGCCUAGCCCCGGGACUUAUGACAAAGUACACUCAAGGAAUACCUAAACGAGCUCCAAAAUAAAACUUUCUCACUUGCCCCCCUUCCCAAUGCAACACCUAGAAACCAGAGUUCAGCGCCCGGAGACUUGCAUCUGGGCAACCGAGAUGAUCUCCGCCGGGUCUCGAAUAACUCGCGUACCUAAUUACGGACACAUUAUUCAUGCUGAUAAAGAUCGGGCGGUUUUGUUAACGUCAUGGGGACAUAAUCCUAUUAUAUUCCGAGCUCUUCUCCCCCCUCGCCCAAACUUUACUCAUGUCACUUAUGCAAGUUCUGGCGAUGCGAAAAUAUUUUCGGGAAAUUUCCUUUUUCUAUUCUAGACUUUAACUUACACCUGGCCUACCAAAUUUACGAAAUCCUUUUUUUGUCUUGGAAUUUCUAAAUGUGGGUUUGGCGUGAUACGAAGAUACCAACAACGGACAAGUUCAAGUCGCCGAUUUUUUAAUUUUAAAGUGUUAAAUGACAAGCUGAGGUGACGGGUGGGUCCGGGGAGAGACUUCUCACUUCUCCAACGUCCUUAAAAUUAGUUUUGGCUUCCUUUAAAGUUCUUCCAGGGGGGUCUGGCUUCUAGCUUCGUCACUUAUACUCGCAUGUUUCAGGUGAUGUUUAUGAGCAUCGACGACAUCGAUCGUCGAUGUCCCCGGGGCAUAAACGCCAGUUUGGUCAGUGACACCUCCUGGCAAUUGGCACCGUUUGAUGACGCAUGCUUAAAUGUGAGUGUAAAGUUUCUUGUUCUUAAAUUUUUCUCUUUUUGAACAUGCUACUUUGGACUCUUAUGUAAUUUACAUCUUUUCAAGCGUAGAAUAACAUACUUGAUGCAUGGUUUUAGUCAUCCGAACGCCGGACUGGUUGAACUCUGUUGUUUCAGACCUUUUUCCAACGAAUGAAUGCCCAUCUCAGGAAGUACAAUGAAUGGGAAGAGAUGUUGUACACCUUCCUUUAUUUCCUCAUUUCCUUCUUCGCUCUUGUAGGGAAUGGCGUAGUUAUUUUGGCCGUAAUACGAAAGAAGGAAAUGCGGACCAAUCGGAAUGUAUUAAUAGUCAAUCUGGCCCUCUCCAACUUGAUGCUGGCUCUCACCACGAUCCCUUUUCUAUGGCUGCCUUCCAUUGACUUCGAGUUCCCAUAUUCUAAAUUCUUUUGUAAAUUUGCGAAUGCCCUCCCAGGAAGUAACAUAUAUUGCUCAACACUCACAAUCUCAGUGAUGGCUAUUGACAGGUAAAGAAAAAAUAAAACUACACUCCCGGGAGGAACAUUAACGUUUUGAGGGCAUAGAUAAUACAGCUUAAUUGCGUCCAUCAACAAACACAUUCCAGGUAUUACUCAGUGAAACAGAUGAAUGUCGGUACGGUAAAUCAGACAUGUGUGAAGGGAAUCAUAUUGUCUGUGAUGAUCUGGGUCUUCUCUUUCCUCCUUAGCUUCCCGCUUCUUAUUUAUUAUGACACAACCAUGCUGUAUGUCUUCAAAGAUGUAAUGGUAUACGAUUCGGAGAGGAACACCACCCAAUUGCGGAGUUAUGGAUGGAGACAAUGCCGCUUAUCUCCUGGGGGAUCUGCAGCUGAUGAUGAUCUCAACUCUAUAGAUGCUGAUGCUCAAGCCAGGAUGAUUCAGGUACAGUAUGCUUUCUGCUUUUUCUAAUUGUAAAUAAUGAAGUGUGCAUUUUUAUGACGUUUUCAUUUUCAGCUGGUAAUGUCGCUCAUGCAAGUGCUAUUCCUCUAUGUUGUACCUCUCGUUGUUUUAUCCAUUUUUAACGUCAAAUUAACCAGAUUUCUAAAGACAAAUGCCAAACAUAUGAACAGGAAUAGAAAUGGGACCCUCAGACGGGAAUCGGUCAUGAUUCAAUGUAACAAGAGCAACACUUACGCAGUAAAAGAGUCGCCCAAGAAAACGAGGAAUGCCUUAUCUCUGGAGACCGAGAUCUCGACCUCCACUCCCCCAACACCUCGAGUUGAAUCGGCCACGCCAGCUGAGAGGGCUUCGGAUCGGCGUCGGAAUAGAACCACUAUGUUAUUAAUAGCCAUGGCCGGCUCGUAUGCGGUUCUUUGGUUCCCAUUUACUCUCGUCUCAAUGCUCAUCGACAUGGAUAUCUUGUACCUCGAGAAUGGUGCCGCGAUCAUCGAACGGAUUGACCAAUCAUGCAAGUUGAUCUCGAUUCUCUCCAUCGGAGUGAAUCCUUUUCUCUACGGGUUUCUGAACACCAACUUCCGACACGAGUUUACGGACAUUUUCAACUCUUUGAUUCGUUGUUCGGCUAGCCAACGGCCUCAACGAAGCCGAGGGAACGUGUAUGCGGCUAUCCAGUAAGUGGAACCGGGCAUUAAUUUAUCUUUUUGUUCAUUCAGGCCGAACAUGGGCCAUAGAUCGGCCUCGUUCUUCGAGAGUCUCCAAAGUGCCUGCGGGUCGAUGUUCUCACUGAAAGGCCGGCCAAGUCUGGAACAGCCUAGCCUGAGGUGAGAUUACUGUACGUUUUGUUUUCCGUUUCGGAGUUCUGUGAUUUUUUUUGAUGUAGCCCGGUCUUAUGGCUUUUUGCGGGUUUAUGAAUUGUUUUAUUACCUUCCUAACCCUUUUUCAAAUACUAUCCAUUUUUAUUAUCGUCUUAAUCUGUGGCCAUUCAUUUAUUUUUGUUAAAAAAAUUGCAAAUAUCUUUUGGUUAGAUAACAUUUUAAUUGUAUCCUUGCAGAUCACCUGAAUGCUCGAAAAGUAUGAGUUCGGAAGGAUGUGUUCUCCACGUUUUCGCCACAGGAGAGGCCCUCCGGCAAGAACAUGAGCAGCAAUUACUCUCAGUCCGGCCAAACAAUUAA